ACCUGGUCUUCUUAUGGCUAAAAUAAUCAAACUAGUUUAAUUAGUUUGGUUAUUGUUUAUCAAAAUCAAACUUUGAUAUCACAGGCAUCUCUUUGCUUUCACAGAUAUCAUGGAAAGGAGCUGACCACCAAUAUGAUUAUAGUGGAUUUGAAAAUGCUGUCUGGUUUUGCCCCAGACCCAGAGUCUUUGGGGAGGCUGAGAGGUUCACUUCUAGUGGAUCGUGUCGAUACUAAAGAUGACCAUGUGUUAAUGUACUUGAGAGAGUUACCGUCACUAUUCCAACCUUUCAACCACACCCUGGACAUCAUACAGGAGCUCCCAGUACAGAAUCUAAAGCCUGCGGUGGUCAAGAUCUAUGACUACUACCAGCCAAGUGACCAGGCAGAGACAGAAUAUGUCUUCCCUUGCAAGUAGGGGUUACAAGCUGGUGAACUAUCUGGAAUUAUUGGUAAUUUUAUAUAGCUGGCCUGACCCAUAUACUAUAUGUGAUAUACAUCAUUUAGUUAACUGGGUCAAUAUUCCUUUAUUCAUUUUACCUAAAUGCUGGCCAAUUUGUUAUUAGAGAAUUAUUUACAUGGCCCUAUUCAUUGUAUUUGCCGCUCUGCAGAUGUAAGAAGAAAAUGACAUUAACAGAGGUCACACAUGCAACCCUUGAGGCAUCUUUCAAGAUCUCAAGUAAAGGAUGUAACUUACUGGAAUUAAAGUUUUUCAUUAAAAAUCUA